AUGUCCUCAAAGGAUUUUUUCAAAGCAAGAACUAUACUGGCUCCUACACUAGACAUCGUUGAAGAGGUCAACAACCAUCUGAUGGCUAUCAUUCCUGGAGGGGAAAAAUUAUAUCUUAGUUCGGAUUCCAUUUGUAUGGAUGAAGGGAAUAUGGAGAGUCAACUAGAUCUCUAUGGUCCUGAAUUACUGAAUAGCAUAAAUUGCUCUGGUUUGCCUCCACAUAAAUUAAUACUCAAGGUUGGUGUUUCGGUGAUGUUACUGAGGAAUAUUGACCAAUCUAGUGUUCUUUGUAAUGGUACAAGGCUACAAGUUAGGAAGCUUGGAAAUCAUGUCAUAGAAUGUGAAGUCUUAACGGGUAACAAUGUUGGUCAUAUUGCUUUGAUUCCAAAAAUGAAUAUGGUACCAACAAAUGAAACCGUCCCAGUUAGAUUCUAA